AUGGGUCGGCGCCGACUGGCCAUAAGUAAUAAGAGACUUAAUGGACAGGUAGUUGUGGUGACCGGCGGUAACACUGGUAUCGGUAAAGAGACUGCAUAUCAGCUCACACUCAGAGAAGCCAAGGUAUACAUUGGGUGUCGGGACCAGACGAGAGGUGGGGCGGCCGUCAAAGACAUCUUAUCAUUGAAUCCAAAGGCAAAUAUAAAACUACUUUCGCUGGACUUGUCUUCACUCACAUCUGUCCGCAAAUGUGUGGAAGAGUUGUCGGGUUUGGAGACAAAAGUCGAUAUACUUAUCAAUAACGCCGGCGUCCGGUGCCCAGAGUUGCAGACAGUUGACGGGUUUGAGAUGCAGAUUGGCACUAAUCACCUAGGUCAUUUCUUAUUUACACUCCAUUUGAUACCAUUGCUAAAGAAAGCACCGGCGGGUCGUAUAGUGACAGUGGCCUCAGCUCUGCACAACUUUGGCCAAAUAGAUUUGCAAAACAUAAACCUACGAAACGGUGCAUACCAUCCGUUUUUCUCGUACGCUCAGAGCAAACUCGCAAAUGUGUUGUUCAGCCGUGAAUUGGCCAAAAGGCUCCGACACUCAAACAUCAACACCUAUAGCCUCGAUCCGGGAGUUGUGAACACAGACCUGAACCGGCACUUUGACAAGUCUGCGCCCCGGGAGGGGACAGGUGCGAACGAUGGACCAUGGUUAAAACGUAAAUUACUGAUAACAACAUACAUGGGCUGUCAGACCACACUAUACUGCGCUCUCGAAGAUGGAUUGGCAAACGAGUCGGGAUUUUAUUACGAGAAUUGUGUUCGCGUGGAUCAUAUGAUACCGGAGGUCACUGACGACAAAAUGGCAAAGAGAAUGGUUGCCUACGAGUUCGGCACUAAUGUCAUGAAUAUGAGGCGAAAGUGUAAGAGUGAGCGCCGACUGGACGGUAAGGUUGUGGUCAUUACCGGCGCUAACACUGGGAUCGGCAAAGAGACUGCACUUCAGCUAUCGUUACGCGGGGCUAAG